AUGAACGAGAGCUCAACAGCUGUUGCUGUUAAAAUUUCUUCGAACCAAACGACACACAAUUCUGGUGAAUCAUAUGAUGAACAACUAUUGAAACGGAGCAAGAAUGUGGAUUUCGAUGUAGAAGCUUGGUACAAAAUCAUUAAAAAUGAAACAUUUCAUACGAAACUUCUUCCAAUAUCUCCAUCAUUAGCUCAAGCUUUCGUUAACUUCUAUCAAACACGUUUCAUGCUGAAAACUUCCUUAACUCUGCACGAUGUUGAACUUAUCCAGUCAAUGCGGCAUCAAUUGAAAGAACAGAUUUUCAAUUCGAAUCAUACAUUUUUCAUUCGUCUAAGUGCUCGAAGUCCAAAAGAUGGGAAACCUCUCGAUUCUGGAAAGAUCGGUGAAUUUUAUCAGGAAAAACUAAGUGAAUUACAAGCGAAAUAUCCGAAUGAAUAUCAAACAACCAAAGGCAAAGCAAAUAUCCAAACUAUUGCACUUUACUAUGCGCAGUUUCAUUCGUUGAAAUGUAUCUUAGGUGCGCGCAUCUGGCAUGAGACAUUAAAUAUUGAUUCACUGGCAGAUAAAUCGCUAUUUGAAUUUUACGAAGCACUUGCUCAUGUCACAUCAAAAUUUGUCGAUAAAGCUGAACGUUAUGAUUCGAAAAUCGUUUACGAUGAACUUUUCAAAGCGAGUCGUUUAGUUUGGUGGAUGGCUGCCUUUCAACUGCAACUAAGCCUGCCAUUGGAUUUUACUGACUCAAUGUUCGGUUACAACAUGCUCUAUCCUUAUACGGAUGACUUGGUCGAUUCGAAUGAUAUACCACGAGAAGCAAAAAAAGAUUUUGCUCAUGCAUUUCAUCAACGAUUACUUUUUGGCGAAUCGAACUAUGAUCCAAAGUCACAUUUCAAUGGUCAACAAUCGAACGCUGACGAAUUAGAUUUACCACCAUCGUUGAAACCCUAUGCUGAUCGUAUUGUAAAGAUAUUCGACAUGGUGAAAUUUAUUGAAAAUGAUUGGACGCGUGACGAGGAACACAGUGGAGUCUAUAUGAGCUUAGCGACUAUUCACGAUUGUCAAAUGAAAUCAACGUUGCAACAUGCUCGACCCAAAGAUGGUUAUGCACCAAAAAUGGCACUUAUUGAAGAGAUUAGUGCGCAAAAGGGUGGCGCAUCGAUAAUUGCUGCCGGGUUUCUCAUCGAAGGAAAAUUGACACGAGCACAAAUGGCAUAUUUAGAAUAUAUCGGUUUUGGUCUUCAACUACUCGAUGAUUUGCAGGACGUCGAAGAAGAUAUGAAGAAUAAUCAUCGAACGAUAUUUACCCAAUCGAUUGCUGACGGGCAAACAUUGGAUGCUCCUACAGCUCGUCUAAUACAAUUUUUAUACAGCAAAGAAGCCAAUACCAAAUUUGUGGAUAGUUAUCAUCCGAUAUCAGAUAAAAAAAAUGAACUGGAAAUCUUUCGUUAUAUUCAUGAUUCCAUGACUGUGUUUGGUAUAAUUCUCAUCUUAGAAGCUGCUGGUCGUCUAAAACGAUAUUAUUCGAAAGAAUUCUAUCGUGACUUGUCUAAGCGUGCACCAGUAACAUUUCGAAGUCUCAAAAAAGCACACAUUGAAAAGCAUAUGUGGUCGGUAUUCCGACGAAAUUGGUUUUAG